GGGGAUAACUGAGGCAUUCUGAGACGAUGAGAAUCAACCCAAACAGUUCAACUGUUUGUUUUCGGUUCGGAGAUUGAACCAUGAGGCGAUGUCGCGUCUCUUCGGCACCCAGGUGAAUCGGCGUGGGCUCAAGCUGGAGCCGGGUCAGACUCGGCCAUUCGCCUGGGCCGAGCCUUUGGGCAGCGCCAAGCGCUUGGAGGUGCGGAGCUUCCUGACGCCAGUGAUGACGCGGCUCACCUUGGAGAAGACGGAGAAGUCCCUUCCGCUCGACAUCUCGAAGCAUCUGCUUUUCUAUGAUGUGGUCACGUCUGGGUCCAGUCUAGUGAUGACGGUGAGAGAUCGGCCCAGGCCCGAAGCCUUCCCUGCACUGUCCGAGGACCGGGAGCUUCAGGUCAACGUGAACCUGGCUGGCCUUGGCCUUUCCUUGGUCGCUCCGACUUCCUGUGCGUUUCCAGAAGCUCAGGACAACAGUGAUGAAGUCUUGCGCCGGGAGCUCUUGAACUGCUCCGUGGAGAAGAUCGUGGGCGCCUUCCGGCGGCACGAUUUGAUUGAGACGCUGGAGCUCAGCCUCCAGGAGGUGCAGGUAGACAACCAGCGUGAGGAUGCAUCGCACCCGGUCCUCUUGAAGCGGCGGGGCGAGGGCAAGGAGGAUGCUUUACCGCUUCUGCAGCUGGUGCUGAGCCGCUAUUGCGAUGCGGAGCGGCCACAGCUACUGCACUUUGACCGAUUGGAGGUGAAGCUCAGGAGCAUAGACCUGCGGCUGGACCAAGGUUUCAUCUUUGAUGUCAUGGCCCUGGCCACCAGUAUCCGCUCCAGCUUGGGUGUGUCCACGGACUCAACAGCCGAUCGAAACGGCGACGAUUUGGGCCUUGAGAAGGAGGGCCUCAAGCUGCACUUCAAUCGCUUGGAGUUGGGCUCAGCUAAAGUCCGUGUCUCCUUCGCUGGGAGCAGCUGGGGCAGUGCCCCGGGCGACGUGGCUUUCUGGAAGCGUCUCUUGUCCAGCCUCUCUUCGGUCGACCGCGCCGUACUCCGCUUUGAUGAGUACACCCUGCAGGAGACCACUGCAGAUGCAGAGAACUUCGUCACUACUCUGCGAGGUCACUAUGUGAAGCAGUUCUGGCGAGAGCUCAAGUGGUUCGUCGGACGUUUGGAGGUCCUGGGGACCCCGGUGACCUUCUGUGGCUCCGUCGCCCGCAGUUGCAAGGAGGGAGCCUUGGCACCGUACAAGGGGGCGACGAGGUCACCAGAGGACAUGUUGGAGGGCUGCCUCCUGGGAACUGGUGGCUGUGUCCGCAAUGCGCUCUUCGAGUGCUUCAACUCCCUUUCUAAGGCGACUGGGGCUGCUUCGCAAGGCUGUCGUAUUUGCCUUCCAGAGGACUUUCAGAAUCCACCCACGCGUGGCGGUCUCAAAACAGCUUGCGACAGCUGCAUGGGCACCAUGUGCCACUCCGUCACCGGUCUCUGCACGCGGCCGGUGCGUGGCUGCCGCCGGGGGGGUCUCCGUGGCUGCGCCAGCGGUGCCACCGAAGGUCUUUUCGGCUGCGCGGGUGGAAUCAUCGUCGGCUGCCUGGACAUGACCCGUCAGACCACUGAGAGACUCCGCAAUGCUGCCAGCCGGACUGAACAGGGCCGCCGGCGUCUACCACGUGCGUUGUACGGCGUGGAGCGGGCGCUGCGGCCUUUCGACCAAAGAGAUGCUGAACUGAAGGCGCACUUCGUCGCAUCUGACCCCAGCCUGGCCUCCAUGGCCUUGCUGGAAACCGUGAGGGAUGAGAAUGGCUUGGUGGCGGCGGUGUCAGAUCUCCACUUCCUCUACUACAGCAGAGACGGCCAUCUCACGAAAGUGCCAUUGGAAGACAUCAUGGAAGUUGAAGUUUCUGACAAGGCCAUCGUCCUGCAGCGCGCCGGUCUGGGCGAGCUGCGCUUGGACGACGGAGCUCCGGAGCGCCUCCGCCGGGCUGGGCGACUGUUGGGCGAAUGCCUGGCGGUGUGACGACGACGAUGGACGAGGAAGAGAAGAAGGCCAAAGAUGUGCCUUGCUUCUUGUCGAUAAGCGGUCAUCCUGCAAAGGAGAAGACAAGCUACAUGACUGAGGUGUUUUUGCACUCAAAGAGGGCCAAAGCCCUUGAACUUGAAAAUACGUUCGUGCAAGUAGUAUAGUCUUUGAGGAGUAGUUAAGGCCAUGACCGAAACCACUUAGUAGCAUUCGUGCCAAAGGCUAAACACCUCCGUAUUGCGUUCUUCGGAGCGCUUGUGGACUCACCUUGAGGUGAGUAUGGUCUCAAGUGCAGGCAACCGGCGCCUGUGCAUAGUUUAGGCCCUCGCACUGAACCUACAAGGCCAUGCUAUGGCAAAGGCCAUGGCAACAUGAUUCGCAU